AUGUCUGUCAUACGGCGCCACCAUUGCGUGCACACGACGAAAGAGAGAUGCGCGCGUUUGCGCGGAGGUUUUGUGUGCGAUUCGGUACAUUUUAAACCCGUUUUGAGAGUUGGUCUAACCAAGACAUCGUUAGGAUCGUGCAACUUCUUGGACCGAUGCUCGGAUUUAAAAUGUCCGUACGUGCACUACGUGUUGGACGACGCGAGAGCGAACGAGGAGUCCAUCUAUUUCCAGCAAAGAGACCGACUCAAAGUUGUCUCUCCAGAGGAAGAAGGAGGACAGGAGAAGAGGCAAAGAGAGGAACUCGCGAGUGUUCUUGGACCGAUUUCACCCGUAUCUGCGAUACAGGCGGAUUUGAGAGGCUUUGCGUUGGAGAAAAUCUGCGGCGGAGAAAAUUUUCGCGCCGUUUUGAUAGAUCCGCCGUGGUCGAUAUCCAUGGCGUUGCCGUUUCCUUCUUUGCGAGACGGCGAAAUUGAGAGUUUAAAGAUCGCGAGCGUUUUGGAUCGAUCGCGAGUGUGUUACGUGUUUUUGUGGGCGACGCAAAGGAAAACGCCGUUGGCGAGAGAGAUUUUGCAAAAAUGGGCGUCGAAAGCGAGGAUGCGCGUGGUGACGCACGAUCUCGUUUGGGUGAAGUUGAAUCAGCUCAACAGACUGGUAAGCGCUGGGCGAACUGGUUACUAUUUCAACCACGCGAAGGAGACUUGCGUUGUUGGGGUGUAUCAUCCCGUCCUUGGUCAAGAAGAAAGAGAACAAGAGAGAGAAGAAGAAGUAAAGGAAGGAGACGGAAGCGAGAAUAUCAAUACAAACACAAUCAACAACGAUACCGUACGCUUUCCGUUCAAAGACUCGGACGUGAUAUGCGCGAAAGUUCGAGAAAUUUCGAGGAAACCGGAUGAAAUCUACGGCGUAAUCGAACGCUUACUCGGGCCAAACUCGAAGAAACUCGAACUGUUUGCUCGCAAUUGGAACGUCUCGAGCGCGAGAAAAUAUCAGAAUUGGGUCUGUAUCGGCAACCAGAUUCAAAAAACGGUGAUAAUGGAUCGCGAAAUCUCGAGAAAGUUUGAUAAGGAAUAUCCCGAGUUUGCGAGUACGAAAAGUUGA